CCGACGCGCAACAAUGAAGUAACAAUCUUCUUAUGAUUCAACAAUCCACUUCUUCAGUCCUUCACCAACCCUGUCACUGAGAGCACCAGAGUCUUCUUGGUGUCUACAGAAGUCCAAUUAAUCUGCCUCGUCUCAAGUUUCCACAUUGAUUGAGAAGAAGAAAUAAUACGUCGAGCCGAUAGUUAGCCCAAUUAGUGAACACAAUCAAACUCUGCGUCAUGGGGACGAUAUGUCGACAAGCGAUUCUUCUCACAUGCCUGGUAGCGUUUGCAGCCGGAGCAAAGCCUGAUGAUGAGAAGGAACAAUUUGACUGCCCAGAACCAUCAGGAAAUUUUGCAGACCCAGCCACUUGCAGAAAAUUUUAUCAGUGUGUAGAUGGAUUUCCUUACGAGAGUCGAUGCCCGGCCGGUCUUUAUUUUGAUGAUAUUAACAAACUCUGCACCUUUAAGGCCGAUGCGAGAUGUGGACCAAUUUCGACAACUCCAGCCCCAGUCACUGAUCCUCCCGUGGACUUGGCCGUGAAAUGCGAAACUGCCAAUUGUGAAUUGCCACAUUGCUUCUGUUCCAAGGACGGGACCAUCAUUCCAGGUCGCAUUGAACCCCAGAAGACGCCACAAAUGAUCAUCCUGACCUUCGACGGAGCCGUGAAUACCAACAACAUUGACAAAUACGACAAGCUCUUCGCCCCAAACAGAACGAACCCCAACGGGUGUCCCAUAAGAGGAACUUUCUUUGUCGCUCACGAAUACGCAGACUACCACAUGAUUCAGCGACUUCAUCACGAAGGGCACGAACUGGCUGUGGACACCAUUUCUUCAGCCAAGGGCUUGGAGACUGAAAGCUACGAAAAGUGGGCGCAAGAGAUGAUCGGGAUGAAAAUGAUUUUGGGCAAGUUCUCCAACGUGUCAGGCGAAGAUAUCAUUGGGAUGAGGGCUCCUUACUUGAAACCAGGCAGAAAUGCGCAGUAUGAGGUUCUUCAAGAUUUUGGAUUCGUUUGGGACAGUUCGGUGGGAGUACCUCCAAUCAAAAUCCCCGUCUGGCCUUACACCCUUGACUACUCCAUCCCUCAUGACUGUAAAGCUGGGACAUGUCCAACUCGAAGCUUCCCCGGAGUCUGGGAGUUGCCACUGAAUGCUCAUUUCGUCGAGAGUUUCGAAGGGGGUCACUGUCCCUACAUGGACCAGUGCGUCCUCUUCAACCACGACCCUGAUCAAGUUCUGGAAUGGCUGCAAGAAGAUUUCAACCGUCAUUAUACUCAAAACAGGGCUCCAUAUAUGAUGCCAUUCCACACCACUUGGUUUCAACAGGCAGAGCUUGAACAAGGACUUGCCAAAUUUGUCGAUUGGGCUCGAUCUCAAAAGGACGUGUGGUUCGUCACCGUUACUCAGGCCCUCCUUUGGAUCACGGAACCAAAGAGUGCCGAUCUUUUGACCAACUUUGAGGCUUGGGAUUGUAAGAAGAGGACAGUUCCCACACCUCCGUGCAACUUGCCCAACAAAUGUCCCCUUGUGUUCCGGAAUCCUGGUCAACCCUCCGCCACGAGAUACAUGACGACAUGUUUCGAUUGCCCACCGCAGUACCCAUGGACUGGAGACUUUGACGGGGACAAUCACCAAGAGACGGACAUUUACACGAAGCAGAACAGAAAGAAAUGAUCACUCAAUAAUAAUGCUCAAUAUUUUAAAUGAGAAUUUAAACCUAUUUUACAAUUUAACUGCUUAUACAUUAUUAUUACAUAUUAGUAGAUGAUAAAUGAUGAUGUGAUCCAUUCUCCGCCCAUUUUUCCAAGGCUCAAUAAGGAUGAGGUCAUCAAUAAAUGAUCAUAAGGGAAGAAUGUGUACCACAAUAAAUAUCGGAAACAGUAUACUACCUUCA